AGUCACAAGAAUGAUGAUGACCCCUCAGCAACAGAAAGAGAUCCUUGAAAAGGUAGCAAGGCUCUCAGAGCAAGAGAAGAAGAAGUUACAGGAGACUUGUCUCCCGAAUUGGGGCGACGGCGGCCCAAAUGAUGAAGCCUUCAGCAGUAUAGUCAGCCUCCUCAAGCAAGGCCACGAGAGCCUUGUCAGUGACAUGAAAGAUAGUAUUGGCGCCAACCCUAAUUCCUCUGGUCAUCACCAUGUCAAGCAUGAGAUAUAUGGGGAAAUAUGCAGGAAUUGUGAAAAGCCAUAUUUGAAAUUGUAUAACAAAAACAACGAAAUUUUGGAACAAAAGUUGGCUAAGUUAUUCAACGCAGUUUAUGACAAAGAUCCCCUAGUGAAGGAAACCACCAAGGAGGUAUUCGAGUGUAUCAAGACACAAAAGAUCAAAGAAAGCAUCAACCCUCAUCUUAGUAAGGCUGUUGAGGAAUGAAUGAAGGAGAAGAAGAAUGCUCUCAAUGAGCUAUGGAUCAAUGAGCUUACAUAUUGAGAAGACAAAAAUACUAAUGAAUGCCGAUUAAAAUAACAUCUCUGAAAAUGCAGAUUCCUAUGGAAAGAUCACAAAGGAAUUAGUGAACUCCUUCUACCUCUACGAAGCCGCAAUUGAAACCGUAGUUGAUUUACUAAAGGAGGUCCUAAGAGACACUGAGAAUCUGACCAAGAUUUUCGUUGAAACCAUCUGGUCAGACCCCAACAUCAACAUAAUAAUAGAAGAGAUUCUCUCCAAUACUCAGGAUUUGGCCAAUUACACAGACAUAUUGGAGGAGCUGGCAGACAUCAAUGACAGGCUUUAUGUACUGACUCAGAAUGCUCAUCCGAGCUUGCCUUCUAGAGAGGCCAAUAAUCGUACCAUGUACGACAACAGACGAUAUUCCGAAGGCUCAUACUCCACAGAUGAUAAUCCUAGUGAAGAAGACUACAGAAUUAAGGACAAGAAAAAGCAAGGUAAGGGAAAAGGAAAGAAUAAGAACAAAAAUAAGAAAAAUAAGAACAAGAGUCAACAUAAAGGCCAUGGGUCUAGCGGCCACCAAACCCUUGCUGAAAUGGAAAUUGAUGACCUAGUCAAUUACAUUAAUGGAGGUAACUCCCAAGCCAGUAAGGAAAAAUCCCACAAAAAGGAAGCAGGUGUCAGCAGCAGAGUACAGCCAGUAGACCCUACUAAGGAUGAUCCCCAUGAUGUCACUGAUAAGGAACUCAAUGAGACUGAUGUUGAUGAGUUCAAGAAGAGAAUCCAGACUUCAGAGCCACCGAAAAGUAAGAAGAGCCAGAGUCAUAAGCAGAAGAUAAAGCCAAAUAUUUCCAAGGAGUGGGUCCACUACCUUAGAAAUAAGCUUCAUGACCUCUAGAAUCAACCACCUUUUACUCAUAAAUAGAGGGGUUGAUGGUGCCUGUUUUGAUUAGGACAAAUCCUCGUAAAAGUUGAGAGAUCCUAUACGUU